AUUGUUCCCAUGUCUCUUUAGAGAACUAACGGUGGCUGUCUCCCCUUGUAAUUGUGUUUUAGGUCACUGGCCCUGUUCCAAUCAGAGAUCCUUCUGUGAGAGCAGACAGAAGGAAUAUGACUUCUUCACCAUACCUGGCUGCCAGCCCAAUGGAGAACCCAGUUCUGUUUAAUGAUAUCAAGAUUGAGCCCCCAGAAGAGCUCCUGGAGAGUGAUUUCAACAUGCCCCAAGUGGAACCAGUUGAUCUCUCCUUUCACAAACCGAAGGCUCCGCUCCAGCCUGCUAGCAUGCUGCAAGCUCCAAUCCGCCUUCCCAAGCCACCGACUGCACCUCAAGCCGUUAUGGUGCCUACUUCAGCUGAUGCAGUCACUUCAGCAGCCAUUCCUGCUGUUCUCUCUCCGGGCUCUAUCCUAGCCUCCUCUCAGGGGACCGGUGGCCAGCCGAUUUUACAUGUGAUCCACACCAUCCCCUCAGUCAGUUUGCCAAGUAAGAUGAGCGGACUAAAGACAAUUCCACUGGUGGUUCAGUCUUUGCCGAUGGUCUAUACCAGUUUGCCUGCAGAUGGGAGCCCUGCAGCCAUUACUGUCCCACUCAUUGGGGGAGAUGGCAAAAGUGCUGGAUCAGUCAAAGUUGACCCUGCCUCCAUGUGUCCUCUGGAGUUUCCAAGUGAUAGUGAUGAGAGUGCAAUUGAAAGUGGUUCUUCAGCCUUACAGAGUCUCCAGGGAUUUCAUCAUGAACCAGCGACAAUGGCCCACAUGCAGGGAGAAGAGUCUCUUGACUUAAAGAGAAGACGGAUUCAUCAGUGUGACUUUGCAGGAUGCAGCAAAGUGUACACCAAAAGCUCUCACCUGAAAGCUCACCGCAGAAUCCAUACAGGAGAGAAGCCUUACAAGUGUACCUGGGACGGCUGUUCCUGGAAAUUUGCUCGCUCGGAUGAGCUUACUCGCCAUUUCCAUAAGCACAAGGGCAUCAAGCAGUUCCGGUGCACAGACUGCAAUCGCAGUUUUUCUCGAUCUGACCACUUGUCCCUCCACCGCUGGCAUCAUGACACCAUGUGAAUAUCACGGCCACAGCAGACAUGCUGCAAUGGCCUCCUGAGUGUGUGCUGAAGUUGUAACUACGUUUGCCUCUUUGACUACAACUUGCCCCUGUGAUUGGGGUUCGAACAGCCUACUGAGCCAGGUUAAUGAGACUGGAAAACAAGUUAGCUGGUCUCCCAUGCGACUCUUCAUAUUCCCCUUUCACCUCUCCACUCUUCAGACUUCAGUUUUUGCAACCUCUUCCUGGGUUGAAUUCAGUGUGGCGCCCAUGGCUGCCCUCCCUGAUCCCUCAUGCUACAUUGUAGACAUUUUUCCUACAAUAACAAACAAAACAGGAAUCAAACUAAAGGCUGUGAACAAACAUCUGCUGCUCCCCCCACCCCAGUUUUCUCUUGUUUUCUAAAGAUUUUAUUCAUGUGUGUAUAUAUAUAUACAUAUGUGUGUAUGUAUAUAUAUACUGUAACCAGUACUUAGUGUCACUUAGCAAUGUCCUAAAAUGAGGGUUUUUUUUCAAAGUUGUAGCUUCAAGGAGCAUAACAGUAGAGUUGGUUGAUCAAAUUUACAUAGAAUUGAGUCUGAGAUACAGAGUCUCAUGCUACCCUGAAGGUUUUGUAGAUCCAGUUUUACUUGUUCUUAACAGUUUGGUUUACAGGCAGUGCCAGCCCUCCUUUUGAAGUUCAUCAAAAGCAAUGAAGGGAUUCCUUGACCUCCUUUUCCUCCUCAUGCUCCUUUAGCAUGAAAGGUUUUAUGGCACAAUUCCAUUCUUUUUAGGUUAAGUUUGGACAAAUAUUCAAAGCACAGAAAGAUAGAUCAGUAGGGAGAAGUAUUCUAGGAAAAUAUGUGGGCAGUGACAGGCAAGAGCAGACCUGGGAGCACCCUGUGAACAAUGACUUGGAUAAGGUGUUAGAACUGCUGUUAAUCCCAAACCUCAUUCCGAGGGCAGCCUGUUGAAACAGCACUUUUGAUGGGCUACACUGUACUGUUUAUUCUUUUGUUUACAUAAAGCAACCAUUCAGCGUAUUACCUGAUGAGAAAUUGCACACUGAGCACGUUAUAGAGAGGUGAGGGAUUGCACUAAAGGAAUUUUGUUUACUUCAUGCCAUUUUGGGCAUUUGUUUUUCUGUUUCUAAUGGGAUGGAAAAGGUUUUCUUUUUGACACUGACAUAUAGAAAGCAUUUUUUGAUGUUUUACAACUGCUAUUAAUACCCAAGCCAUUUAUUUUAUUUAGACAUAACAACAGGAUGCAUAAUAUACAUUUGGUUGCCCAAUCAGACUGUUCAUAAUAUUCUCUGGGGCAUAAAACCUUUUGUUCCUGGCCCUGGACCUCAUAUCUACCUCCUCGUGGCAUAUUUCCUCUCCUGGGGAAAAAGGAGAGGGGCUUUGUAUUAGUAGGAUUGGACGCAGCCUCUUGCCUAAAGGUUUUCUUCAUAUGAAACCUUUAUUUCUUGGCAGAUAUUCAAAAUGUUCUGGCUUGAACACUUUAGGUUACUACCUCCUGUGGCUGUACUUUCUAACUAAAACCUAGAAUUCUACCAUCUAGAAGGGGUCCUGUCUACUUCUACCCAUCCCUCACAUUUUACAGACGAGGCAAAUACGGGUCAGAUUCUUUCUCCAGAUAAUUCCUUGAGGCCUUAUAGACCUGUAUACUCCUUCUCCCAGGGAUCACACUAGUAAACCAAAUUAAAGAAAAAAAAGUUAUGUGAUUGGUUGCAAUAUUUGUCCAAUUUUAUGUUACACUUCAGAAAACUUUAAGUCACUUAAAAUUUCAUAUAUAUUUGGUGACAAAGUAAGUAGGGCGUGCUUAUGGUCAUGGCCACUUAACACCAGGAACACAGUGUUUCAAGUCGCACUUUUUGAUAAUUCUAGAUUUGUUUUAAUUUACCUUAAUUCAAGUUUAAAUGUCUUUCCAGAGCAUAAAUUAUCCAUAAGUUAAGGCCUACUUGUACUUUUCAACAUGGCAUGUAGGUUUUAUUAUUACCACUUUGGUAAGGGAUUUGUCCUGACUCUGGGUGUACAAGUUCCAGGCUGUAUACUAAUUACUAAGCACUAAUCAAUAUCUAGGGCUAGUCUACUAAUGGGGACCACAAUGUAAGACAAAUUGAUAAAUGUAUAUUACUACCAUACAUGAGAUUAAGCUUGUAAUUGAGUAGUUGGAACAAUAUUCUAGAACAGAGUUCCAAAGGGUUAUGUACUUCUGUUCCACUUUGGAUCCUAAAUUUGUUUUCCAAAGAUUGGAGUUGGCAUGUGCCCCUUAGACUUCAGGAUAUUGAGACAUAUGUUUAUUAAUGAGCACUAUGUAAUUAUAGUACUCAUAAGGGUGAUCAAAUGAGGAUCCCAGGUACUGAUGUUCCUAGCAUCUCUGAGCCUUUAUUCAAGUUGUUUCUGCAGAGUCAUAAUAGACUUUUUAAAUGCUUUGUCCAUUGUUUUUAGCCAAGAACCAAUUCUAACCACAUCUUCUUUGCUCUUUUUGUCCCCAAAUGGCAAAAAACUUUCCAGUUACAAACAUAAUCUUUACAAAUGUGUCAUGAUUAAGAGAACUUCACAGAGUAAAUUAACAAAAACACAGUACAGUGCAGAAUUAUUGCACCAAAAAGCACAUAAAUUUGCUAGAUAGUGGAAUUCAAAGGAAACCAUUGCAUCUCUCUUGGCUAACAUCUGAGGUUUAAGUGUAAUGGGCUUACAACAGCCAAAGACUGUUAGGAUGACAUUUGCCUAGGAUAUGGAAAUUUUGUCAGGAUGGAUAAUAUUCAGGAGUUUAUUGUGGUGAAGUUUCUCCUGUAGACAUCUGGCAGCUGAA